CCUAUUAUCCGAUUAAUCACCUUUUCCAUUUCCUCAACUUUUCACCACUAUCCCUAUUAUUUCAUAUUUCAUGUCUCUCUCUUCAUCUUCACCUUCUUCUCUCGCCGUCUCUCUUCAUCUUCACCUCCCCUAACCCUAGCCGCCACUACAAUCCCUUCUUCCUUCCAUACAAACUCUUCUCCAUUCUCUCAUAUUUUGCACGAAAAAUACAUAAAUCGCGGUUUGGUGUCGUUGUUGUGUGAACCAAGAUUUUUUGGCAGCUUCAUCUUCAACCCAUUCAACCCAUUUUCACUCAUGAAAAGUACCCUUUCUUAACCACAACAUCUAAACAAACCUGGAAAUUGGUUUGGUGUUCGAUUUGAAUCUGAAGUAGAGAUCGAUUCGUGACUUCGGCAUAAGGAGAGAGGGGAGAUGAACUUCAGUGGUUCACACAACGUGAAACAUCCCCAAACUCUGUGUUGCAGAUCUGUGUUGCGGAUAUGUUGCAGAUAUGUGUUGCCCUUACGUUGUUGUUGCGUGUUGGGUUUGUUGGUGGGUCAUAUGUUGUUGUUAUGUGUUGCUCUUCUGUUAUUCUAUGUUUCUUAGAAAAUUCUUGGUGGGCUUGUGACAUUUUGACGACUAAGUUCUUGGGUUGAUAACAAAUGGUCUAUUAAUUGUAAUUGAGAGAAAAAGUUCUGAGUUAUUGCAUAUAUCACUUAGACUGAUAAGGUCAUCACUUAUGGCUACUCUGUAUGGAUUUUGAGUCGGUGGAUGUGUUUUCGGAAAGUCUAACCAAAUUGCCUUGGGUAUGCACUUGCAGUAUGCUGGAACAUCUUGGGAUGAGCUCAAGCACAUAAGACAGGCGGUUGGAUUCUUGGUAAAUGUUUCCUGUUUCAUAAUAUGGCACCAUUUAUCUUACUGAUGUUUCAAAAUAUUGAUAAUUAACGUGGUUUACUAUGCAUUAUGUUAUGCUUCCACUUAUUGUAAUUACUUAGAAUCUGAAAAUUUUCUCAAUUAGGUUUUAUCAUAAGAUAAAUCUUGUCUAAAUACUCAUGUGGCUUUGCGUUGUGCUUCACUUAAAUCUUUUUAACCGUCAAAAUGAAUCUCUUAAUGGUUUUAGGAGAAAGAGCAUGCUCAAAUGAUUUUCCAUAAGAUCUGUUUGAUUAUAUUUUGGCUAUCAGUGAUUAAGCUUUCAUUUAAAAUUUGGGUUGAGUUUAACUCAAUUUUAUAAAUCUGCCUUGUGAGUAGCAUUGUUAGGAUUCACUAUUUCUUUUUUCCUUCUGAAGAGCUGAAUCUUGCUGGUUAGCAAAUAUCACUAUUUCUUGUAUUAGGUUAUUAGUGGACUUGAAAAAGUAAAUGCGGUAUCAACAACGAUCUUUUGGAGUCCUUAUAAAUGGUUGAACCAUGCUUUUGAAUACAAGUUAUGAAGGUUGUGGAGUUAGGAAUGCAGGUUAUGGAGUUAGUAAUACACAUUUAACAAUUAAAUGACUCACAUUAUAGAGACUCACAACUUUCUUUGUUUUAUCCUCAUUAGUUUAGUGCUCAAUUCACUGCAGUCAUUUAAAAUGAAAACAAUGCUCAAUUCACUGCAUAGAAUUCGCGACAUUAGAACUGGCUCACUUGAAUUCUGUAGCUUAAUUAGUGACACACAUGUAUUUCUAUCCCUGCAACUUCUUCAAGAGCCUGGCUCAUAUGUUGGUGAAGUUGUCAAAGCUAUCGACAAGAACAAAGUGUUGGUCAAGCAGGUCUGCAUUGGAUCAAGCAGUUGUAGUGUUAACACAUAUACAAAAAGGCUUUUCCCUGGCAGAGGAGAAAAUAUUUCAGAAGGCCGAGAUAUAGCGCCUGCACCGGUUCAGCCAUUCCAUCCGAAAAUAAAAAUAAGAAGAGGAGUAUUGGCGACAGAGUGUGCGGAUGUAAUGCAGCAAUUCUUUCAACUGAGAAGGAAAAAUAAGAAGGAAGAGGUACUAAAGGAACCCUCUUGCCUUCCUGUUACUCAUCACCAUCCUGCCAAGUUACUUAAUAAGAUACAUGACAUAAUUCAUGUAAUAUUUUGUCUCUAAUAGGCUAGCUAGGUUGACAUCAUAUUUUGGUGAAUAAUACAUCAAUCAUAUUUUGGUGAAUAAUACAUGAUGUGGAAUGUAAUUUCAA